CGAUGUUUUUUGCUGUUAUUGAUUCGAAACAUGGCGUCCGAAGUAGAGGCGGGCAUUGCUAGUGCAGCCGAACCGGAGUCCGGAGACGGGGAAACUGCAUUUGGAGUGCUACCGACCAUGGAGACUGAAUCAUCUAAUGGCAAAGAGGGAAUGGAGGCAGCUGGUGAAGGCUCAGAGGCUGCUGACGCUCUCACUGGAUCAGGAGAUGAGGAGAGUGGCAGGCAGCUAGGAGAGGUGGAGCUGCAAUGUGCUUUGUGCAUGAAGUGGUUCACCGCUGACACAUUUGGCAUCGGCACAGAGACCUGUCUGCCCUUUAUGACCAAUUAUGUGUUUCACUGCAACGUGUGCCAUCACAGUGGUAACACAUAUUUUCUCAGGAAACAAGCAAACCUGAAAGAGAUGUGUCUCACAGCUCUUGCUAACCUGACAUGGAGAUCCAGAACACAAGACGAGCACCCAAAGACCAUGUUCUCUAAAGACAAGGAUAUCAUCCCAUUUAUUGACAAGUACUGGGAGUGCAUGACAACUCGACAGAGACCCGGGAAGCUCACCUGGCCAAACAACAUAGUGAAGACAAUGUGCAAAGAGCGUGAUGUUUUCCUGGUGAAGGAACACCCUGAUCCAGGCAGUAAAGACCCUGAAGAGGAGUACCCUAAAUUUGGCCUUUUGGACCAGGACCUGGGAAACAUUGGACCCUCAUAUGACACACAGAAACAGACCACUGGUACUCCCAUGGCUGGUGGGCUCAAUGGUGGAUCUUCUUUCUCAGGUGCUUUGGCCCCUGGUCCAGGAAAAGGAAGAGGGGCCAAACGUAAACAACAGCAGCAACAAGAGGGGACGGCUGCAGGAGCAGCUAAGAGAACUAGGAGCGACCCUCUGUUCUCUGCUCAGCGGCUGCCUCCUCAUGGUUACCCACUGGAGCACCCAUUUAAUAAAGAUGGCUACCGUUAUGUCCUAGCAGAACCAGACCCGCAUGCUCCAGACCCGGAGAAGCUCGAAUUAGACUGUUGGGCAGGCAAACCCAUACCUGGUGAUCUAUACAGGGCCUGUCUGUAUGAGAGAGUGCUGCUGGCCUUACAUGACAGAGCGCCUCAGUUGAAGAUCUCUGAUGAUCGCCUGACAGUGACUGGGGAGAAGGGUUACUCAAUGGUCCGAGCUUCCCAUGGUGUCCGGAAAGGCGCCUGGUACUUUGAGGUGUCUGUUGAUGACAUGCCUCCAGAGACUGCAGCCAGACUUGGCUGGUCUCAACCACUUGGUAACCUGCAGGCGCCUCUGGGUUAUGACAAGUUCAGCUACUCGUGGCGCAGUAAGAAGGGGACGCGGUUUCACCAGUCAAUAGGAAAACAUUAUUCCUCAGGCUACGGUCAGGGAGACACACUGGGCUUCUUCAUAGAGCUGCCUGAAGACACAGAGACAGCCAAGGCUCUGCCUGAUACAUACAAGGACAAGGCACUAAUUAAGUUUAAGAGUUACCUGUACUUUGAGGAGAAGGACUAUGUGGACAAAGCAGAGAAAAGCCUCAAGCCAAUGAGUCCCAGCAGGAUGAUUUUCUACAAAAAUGGAGUGAACCAAGGUGUUGCCUUUGAAAACCUGUUUGAGGGCAUCUACUUCCCUGCCAUCUCACUAUACAAGAGCUGCACAGUUUCUGUCAAUUUUGGACCCCACUUCAAAUAUCCUCCAAAGGAUGUUAAGUACCAGCCGAUGAGUGACAUGGGCUGGGGAGCUGUGAUCGAACACACUCUAGCUGACAUGCUGUACCAUGUGGAGACGGAGGUGGAUGGACGACGUAGUCCUCCAUGGGAGGGAUGAAAACAUUGAACUGACUACUCACACACCCUGGAGUCAAAAACGUUGUUCGACCUUUAGAUAGCCAAAAUGAAAACACUUCAUGCUGCAGUAAACUGUAGGUCAAAUAAGCAGCAUUUCAGCUCUUGCAAUAUUAAAAUAUGGUCAGCAGUAUGGGCUGAAUGAAUUCUUCCUAGACAUAAAACAUUUAAAAUGACACCUAACUGUGGGCUGCAUUCCAUUAUGUUAUCAUAGGGAGACGUUCCAUACCAGGCUUUUCUGAAUUAGUUUACUUAUGGAGCUCUGGUUUCAAAUGUGUAUAUUUUAAAGUUGUUAUGCUUUAGAAAGAUUUUAGUUCAACACAUUUUUGGUACCAUGAAGUUGUGCGUGUUGUUGCAGCCAAACGGAGCCAAUUCACCAUUUCACUUAUUCUCUACAUGAAAGUCUCUGUUAUUGUCUCUUUUUGGUGAUUUUUAUUUGUUUGUUUUUUUUACACUGGGUUAAAUUUAAUAAAAAAAAUCCACAUGGACAAAGUUGGUCUGAUUAAAUAAA